UAAAAAAGAAAAACAAGAAAAACAACUAAAAAAGAAAUCUAUUCUUCUAUUCUUUAAAUUUUCUUAAUUAAACAACAUUUUUAAUUGUAAAAUCCUUUAAAAUGUCGGGGGAAACUGAUGAAAUUAAAUCAACCAAAUCAUCACCAAAGCAUAAAUCUAAGAAAUCAUCAAAAUUCGUUUUGAGAACUGUGAAAUUUCUGCGAAAUAAUUGCACUCAUGGGGAAGUUUAUUCCUAUAUUGAUGGUUUGCAUGACCAGUUGAAGAAACAACAGAAAAAGCUUAAAAAAUAUAAAGAAAAAAUUAAAAAAUUGACCAAAAAAUUAAGCAUUUUGAAAAUCGAAAAAAAGAAAGAUUCGCCUAAAGACGAAAGUGUAAAUGAUAUCCAAGCGACAGCGGUUGAAACAACCACUGAAAAAGAGGUUUCAGAACCAAAACCACCUUUAAGCUUAGUAGAUGAGAUUCGUGAAGCUGCAGAAGCUGCUCAAAAUGAUACCGGCUUUGUGUACGAACCAACAUCAGGCCUCUAUUACGAUCAACGAACGGGCUACUAUUACAAUGCGGAAUAUGGCCUCUAUUUCGAUGAUAGCACUGGAUGCUACUACAAGUACGAUCAAGAAAAUAACAAAUUUGAAUUCCAUUCACAAGUCGAAGUCCAACCAACCGAAGAAGCUAAUGAGGAGGUUUAUGACAAAUACGCUGAUGAUAAAAAUGAGGAUUAUAAUUUACAAAAGGAAUCAAAGAGAAAAGCAAAGAAGAGAAGACGUCUUGAGAGAGAGGAAAAAAAGAAGAAUUUGGAAGAAGAAACUACUAAAGACUGUACGGAACUCGAAGAUGGUGAAUUGAAUUCCAGUGCUAGUAGUAGUGAUGACUCGGUGGAAGAGCUUAAAGAAAACGGACAAUAUCAAGAUAUUGCACGAAAGUAUCCGCCAUCUCUGAGGAUAAUUGUCCAAGAAACCAAUUUGGAAAAACUUCAGGAAGGAACUCUAAGGCUUAUUACAUUCAAAGGAGGAACUCUUGGUAGAGAAGGUGAUCAUGAUGUUAUUAUUCCCGAUCUUAAUGUAUCGAAGUUUCAUCUGAAAUUCACUUACGAUGAGAAAAGGGAAGUUUACACCUGCGUUGAUCUCGGAUCGAGAAAUGGGACCAUUCUAAAUGGCAAACGUAUGUCAAGCUCCAAGCAGGAAAGCGAUCCAAUUGACUUGGUUCAUGGCAGUGUAGUACAACUGUCACAAACCAAACUUCUAUGUCAUGUCCAUCCAGGCAACAGCACUUGUGGUCAAUGUGAACCCGGUUUGCUGAUGGAUUCCAAAGAAGAAACUUCAAAAUCUGUAACAUUAUCGCAUAAACAGCAACUCAAGAAACUGCAACAGAAAUAUGGUCUAGAAAAUGAAAAAUUCGUAGAGAACCGAAAUUCAGCAGGUUAUAAUGAUCGAGCAGCAACAAGACGAAUAAAAGUUGGUAGUUCAAAUGACAAAGAAAAGACUGAAAUGGCUUCUGUUGACACUGAAAUUUCAAGUGAAAAUAAAGGCUUUAAGAUGCUUUCUAAACUUGGCUGGAGCAAAGGUAAUGCCUUAGGCAAAGCUGAAUCGGGUGGUCUUUUAGAACCGAUCUCUGUGAAUUCCAAUGAGGGACACAAAGGUUUGGGGUGCGAUGAUUAUGUUCCAAGUUUAAUUUCGACAAAAUUAAAUAAGAAGAAAAUGGAAACUUGGCAAAAGGCCCAAGAACGUUAUAAUAAAGUAUCGCAGAUCAAAGUGUUUAGUAGUAGUGAUGAUGAUGACUUACUAAGUUAAUUUAUUUAUUUAUUUAUUUUGUAGUCAAUAAUAAAUGAUAUUGAAUAAAUAACAAUAAAAAAAUGAA